UAACAUACACACACAUAAUAAUUAUAUUGGUUUUACGUCAACUACAGCGACAUAAAAUUUAUCUGCUACACACCUAUCUUUUAUUUAACGCGAGUAAUUUCUUAAUUUUACUCAGACUCUCCUGUUUAUGACAUUUAUUAAGUUACAACUUCGCGUUUUUUCUCCCCAGCUUGUUAGUUCUGUUGCUAGCGGCUAGUUUAGCUUUAGCUAGCCACAGCAGCUGGUAGCUAUGGCUGCAGUUAUCCUGAGUUUCCCUACUCUCCAGGGUCUGAGGAUAUUUACACAAAAACUGUCAUGGACCAAAAGAGGGGUGAGGCUCGUUUCAGGAGGGGUGGCGAGGAUAGAGAAGGUGCUUAUAGCCAAUCGAGGAGAGAUUGCAUGUCGUGUGAUGCGAACAGCCAAAAAGAUGGGAGUUCGAUCUGUGGCUGUUUACAGUGAGGCAGACCGACACUCCAUGCAUGUGGCCAUGGCAGAUGAAGCCUAUCAUAUCGGCCCUGCUGCAUCUCAGCAGAGUUAUCUUUCAAUGGAGAAAGUUCUGGAGGUGGCAAAAAAGUCUGGGUCACAUGCGGUCCACCCGGGCUAUGGCUUUCUUUCAGAAAACACAGAGUUUGCUGAGGCUUGUAAACAGGAAGGCAUUAUCUUCAUUGGGCCGCCUUCAUCUGCCAUCAGAGACAUGGGCAUUAAGAGCACAUCCAAACACAUCAUGUCCGCUGCUGGAGUACCAAUCAUUGGAGGUUACCAUGGAGAGGACCAAUCAAAUGAGAGGCUGCAAGCGGAGGCUGCCCAGAUUGGUUAUCCUGUCAUGAUCAAAGCAGUUCGAGGAGGAGGAGGGAAGGGGAUGCGUAUUGCUCGUUCAGAUGCAGAUUUCUUAGAGCAGCUGGAGUCUGCGAGACGAGAGGCCAGGAAAUCCUUCAACGAUGACGUCAUGUUGGUUGAGAAGUUUGUUGAAGAUCCCAGACAUGUGGAGGUUCAGGUGUUUGGUGACAUGCACGGUAAUGCAGUCUAUCUGUUUGAGAGGGACUGUAGCGUCCAAAGGAGACACCAGAAGAUCAUAGAGGAAGCACCAGGGCCUGGCAUCAGUCCUGAGGUUCGGAGGAAACUCGGAGAAGCAGCGGUUAGAGCAGCCAAAGCAGUCAAUUAUGUGGGCGCAGGUACAGUGGAGUUUAUAAUGGACGCUCAGCAUAACUUCUACUUCAUGGAGAUGAACACCAGGCUGCAGGUGGAGCAUCCGGUCUCUGAGAUGAUCACAGGAACCGACCUGGUGGAGUGGCAGCUCAGGGUGGCAGCAGGAGAGCGCCUACCUCUCCUCCAGGAUGACAUCAUCUUAAGAGGACACUCAUUCGAGGCUAGAAUCUAUGCUGAAGAUCCAAACAACGACUUUCUUCCAGGGGCGGGGCCUCUGCUGCAUCUCUCUACCCCCCCUGCAGACUUGGACACUCGUAUAGAGACCGGAGUCAGGGAAGGGGACGAGGUGUCGGCUCAUUAUGAUCCAAUGAUUGCCAAGCUUGUGGUGUGGGGAGAAGACCGAUCAGCCGCCUUAAAGAGACUACGAUACUGUUUACGACAGUACAAUAUCGUGGGUCUAAACACUAACAUUGAUUUCUUGCUGAGUCUCUCUGGCCACCCGGAGUUUGAGGCUGGAAAUGUAAGCACCAGCUUCAUUCCACAGCAUUACGCCGAGCUCUUCCCCGCUCCGAGGGCUCCGUCUGGGGACACGAUCUGCCAGGCGGCCCUGGGUCUGGUGCUCCAGGAGAGGAAACACACACAGGAGUUCACACACACCUCUAAUGAUCCAUUCUCACCAUUUGGCUCCAGCAGUGGAUUUAGGCUCAACAUACAGUUUACCAGAAACAUGACACUACAGCUGGGAGACAAAAAAGUGGAUAUAGUCGUCACGUACAACAAAGAUGGAAGCUACACAAUGGAGAUUGGUGGAGAGCUGUACCAUGUGACAGGGGAAGUGGAGGUGGAGGGCGGAGCUUCGUUCCUUCACUGUUCUGUUAAUGGGGUGAAGUCUCAUCCCAAACUGGUGAUCCUGGACAACACCGUGCACCUGUUCUCCACGGAGGGAAGCUCCCAGGUGUCUGUUCCUGUGCCCAAGUAUCUGGCUGGUGUGAGCGGAUCUGGGGCUCAGGGAGGAGCUGUGGCCCCCAUGACGGGAACCAUAGAGAAGGUGAUGGUGAAGGCAGGAGAUAAAGUUGCUGCUGGAGACCCGUUGAUGGUCAUGAUCGCCAUGAAGAUGGAGCACACAAUCCGGGCGCCAAAGUCAGGUGUGAUUAAGAAGGUUUUCUUUAGCGAAGGCUCUCAGGCCAAUCGCCACGCUGCCCUGGUGGAACUGGAGGAAGAGGAGGAGCAGCAGUAAACACGUAAACGCACAACCACCAAUACACAAAGACCAGUAAGGAUGAGCCGGGACUAGUGACUGUGACGACCGGAGGGAAAGUGAGUCUGUUUAGUCAUGUUUCUUAUAAUGUGAGUCACACUGCGAAUCAUCUGCAGGGGGUGAGUUCGGCUCAGUCUGGGGCGAGGAAGACGGGGGUAUUUUUAUCCUCAAAUGCAUCUGAUGAGGUUCAGAACAGUUACAGUCACCCGAAAUGUUACUGAGCACGACUGAAAACAGAGCAACCACUGUUUCCAACAAACAUCUGCACAACAAGGCGGCCUUUUCACACAGUUUCACCUAAAAUAAGAAAACUGUUGUCUGUUUCUGUGUGUUUUCUGACUGUUUUUUCUGGUCUAUAUUCUGUUGGUUUCCGUUAUUGCUGUAGUUUUAGUUCAUCCUUUUAGUGCUCUAUUGCUUUGGUGAAUACUCUACUCUGAUUGGGCAGUGAAAACCAAUAGAGAGCUGAAGUCCCACCCCCUGUGUCUCAGGACAUCUGUCAACGACUAGAGACAAGUUUUUGAUCCUGUCUGAUUCGUGUCAUCGUUUACACAUAUGAGGUCAGUCAAUUUAAAAGAUCAUUUCAGAAGUAAAAAAAGUCGUGUCUUUUCACUUUUUGGUAAAGAAACAACUAAUUUAGUGUUAAACAUGUGAAUGAACUGUAUGUUGGGUCACAUGAGAUACAUGUCAACACAAAAACGGAUACUACUAUGACACAUUUUACCACAAAAUUCAAGAGUGAGGU